UAAUUUCGCGACGGACCUGAACAUGUUGAGAGGCGUUAGCUCACGUUUUUGUAGUUACGCAAGUUUUAAAUGAAUAAAGUUGUAUAUAUUUGUUGGAAACGACAUGGGGCUUGUAAGACACGUCGUGUGCGCCAUGUCGGGUGGAGUUGACAGCUCUGUGGCAGCUCUGCUAUUAAAGAGAAGAGGCUACAAUGUGACAGGGGUGUUCAUGAAGAACUGGGACUCUCUGGACGAGAGUGGAGUCUGCAGCACAGAGAGGGAUUGUGACGACGCCUACAGAGUGUGCCAGACUCUGGACAUCCCUUUCCACCAGGUGUCCUAUGUCAAAGAAUACUGGCACGACGUAUUUAGCAACCUGCUGAAGGAAUACGAAAAGGGCAGGACGCCAAACCCCGAUAUACUCUGCAACAAACACAUCAAAUUCAACCAUUUCCACAAGUACGCCAUCCACACUUUAGGUGCCGACGCCAUGGCAACCGGUCAUUACGCUAGGACAUCCCAGGAAGAUGAGGAAGUUUUCCAGCAGUCGCACACGACCCGACCCACCACACUGUUCAGGGAUCGAUUCGAGAUCAGAAACCCCGUGAAGCUGUGCAAAGGAGCCGACCUGGCCAAAGACCAGACUUUCUUCCUCAGCCAAAUCUUGCAGGACGCCUUACGGCAAACCCUCUUCCCACUCGCCGGACUCACUAAGGAGUUUGUGAAAAAGAUGGCUGCUGAAGCAGGGUUUCACCACGUGUUAAAAAAGAAAGAGAGCAUGGGCAUUUGCUUCAUUGGAGAGAGAAAUUUUGAAAACUUCAUUUUAGAGUAUCUGGAGCCUAAACCUGGGAACUUUGUGUCUAUUGAGGACGGGACGGUGAAAGGAACGCAUAAAGGUUGGUUUACGCUGACCCUGGGCCAGCGGGCGAGGAUAGGUGGCCAGAAGGAUGCCUGGUUUGUGGUCGAUAAAGAUAUUGUCACCGGCGAUGUUUUUGUGGCUCCGACCACCAAUCACCCAGCUCUCUUCCGUGACACGGCGCGGACCGACCGCUUCCACUGGAUCGCCUCGGACCCACCCGCGGAGCUGGUCAGGACCCAGAUGAUGGAGUGCCACUUCCGCUUCAUCCACCAGAUGGCGCUCAUUCCCUGCACCGUGACUCUGAACAUGGACGGUUCGUUGUGGAUUUCUCUCUCUCAGCCGGUCAGAGCGCUGACGCCCGGACAGUUUGCAGUUCUCUACAAAGGCGACGAAUGCCUGGGCAGCGGCAAGAUCAUCCAGCUGGGGCCCAGCGAAUUCACGCUGCAGAAGGGACGCGAAAGGCUAGUGGCGAACCGGCAGCAGAACAACGAGCCGAUCCCCGAUCCAGCUGGCUGAGAUCAGAGAUCAGUGCUCCGAGUGCGACCGUCUUGGAUCUGCCUGUCUGGUACAUUAGGUAGCACGAGGAGAUGUUUAUAGUGAUUUUACUCAACCUUUCGGUCUCAGUGGUGUUUAUUAUCCAAGGAUAAAACAGUAGGAGGAAAGAGUUACGUUUUGCUGCUAGGUGCUUCGAUAAAUCAUCUGUAUCCUUACAUCAAAAUGGAGUCUUUAUAGUAAUAAGAUGGUUUACUGAGAAAAAAUAAUACGUUUCUAGACCAUACACUACUACUGACUUCUAAAAGGACACAGAUGAAAUAUAAAGUGGACAGGCGGUCCACUUUAUAUUUAUUCUAAAAUUGUAUAAUCUUGUGUAAAUGUAUUAAAAAUGUAUAAAGUUAAUUUUAAAAAAUAUCAU